CCCAAGACAGCUGGGGGAUUAAAUAGGAUUGAACGAGUACGUGCAAAGAAGUUUCACGCGAUCUAUCGAAGGGAUGUCGAAAUCAAGCUAAUGGGAACGCCUUGAAUGUUUCGGGAUUUUAGUAUUCGGCGUAAUUAUGAACGUUCCCUAAUCCUUUGUUUUUAGAUGUCUCCAUUCUCUGUGUCCUAAUUCGGGAAUAAGACAAAGCAUGAGCUAGAGAGCGGGUAUUUCACAUGAAAGGUGCCAUAAGUUCAAUCACUCUGAUAAAAGCUAUUAACGGGUUUGAAAUCCUCUUUUAUGUUAGAUCUGGCACAUGCUUUUUUUAACUUCCUGCCGUGCUCUCUUCGACGAAUUCGUACAUUAGAUGACCCACCUUCAAAUUUUAAACGUUUUUGUUAACGAAGCCAGAUCAGCCUUACAUCCAAAAGUGCCCUAAAGCGACUAAUUCCAACAGAAAAAGCGUCACAUUUUCUACAAUACGUUUUUUAUUCCUUCGCAUGAACGAGACCCUGAAUAAAGCAUUAUCACGUUGCUUAAACUUCCUCAAACACGACCAGAGUCUAAAAAAAUGACUGAUAUAUAUUGGCAACAAUUAUUUUCAUAUCACGUCUUUUCCUCUUUUCCGCAGAAUUUAUAUUCAUGAUACAUGUACUUUGCUCUUUGUCCUUAUAGUUCCCCGUUGUUCAAUGGAUACUGUUGACUUCGCUUAUUAUGAUAUAGGCGGGGUAAAUAAUAUUGAUAGUCUGGAGGAUUGCCACGCCCUUUGUCUAGAGAGACCCAACUGUUUUGGGGUGGUUUGGGCCAAGCCUUGGUUGGACUUACAAGAAGCCAAAACUUGUUGGUUCAAAAGUGCCUUUCGUAUUGGUUCGAUCCGUGAACUUGUUUUUGGCAUCUCCAAGCCCCGACAUUGCCUCCAUUCGCUGGAGCAAACUGAUGGCUGGUAUCGCUUUCAAGACAAGAAUUAUAUGUUCAUCGCACAGACGAACUUGUAUGAAACUGGAAUGGCCAUUUGUAAAUCACAUGGUGGCCAAUUGGUUUCAUUAGAAUCUCAAGAGGAAUACAUGUUUGUUCGGACUAUUGCGUUUACCCUCAAUUAUCACCGUCCAAAUGAAUUUUCAGGGAGUUAUCGACUGGGGCUUUACAAAAAUGAUUCGGCAUGGACUUUGAGCAAUGGCCAAACACUAAAUCAACCCCAAAUCAAUCUUUGGUGUCCUAAUGAACCUUCAUCCUCACUCUCCUAUACUCAUUUUCAGUUAUGGAAUGGCAAUGGUUUUUGCGGAGAUGAUAUUACCUCUGUUCAUAUUACCGAAAAUCUCGUUUGCGAGGCUUCAAUUUGCAUUCAGGACGAGCCUCCAAACCUUGAAAAUGGCGAAAGGGAAAUCAAAACACCCCAUGUUUUGAGGUGGACAAUUCUAGGGACCCGACCAUUUUGAACCCAGGUAUGGCAUUAAAGAAAAUAUAACACAUCUUCCUGAGUUGACGUAUUCCCAAAACCAUGCUACUUCUAGUUGAGACAAAAUCAUGAAAGCAUUGUUUAUAUGCUUUAAACGAGACUAUAACCUGUUCACCAAACCUCUUAAUGCUGAGAACGACAAUUAUCAAUCUUUUAAAAAACCCUCAGUUGUAGGUAACUUCUGUAUUUUUUUUAUUGAAAUGCGGUCAUUUUACGACUCAAAAAAUGAUUCUUCUGACCCUUGUUAAGAUAAGCUAUCGAAUUGACGAGUUUUUCAAACUAAGGUAAGUUAAGUGUUUAUCUGAAACAAGUAGUUGAAGUUCUUUGUUUGUUCGAAAACGCACUUUUACUUUAUUCCUACAUUCUUUGCAUCCUUUACUUUUUAAAACAUUAGGAAAUAAAGCUUGCUACGUAAUCCUAUUCCAUAUGUUCCCAAAAUGAUUUCAAUAUCGUGUUCGUUUCACGCAACAAAAUUUGAAUGGUAAGCUCAGGCCUUUAUAUACAAAGUUUCAAUAUUGUAUCUCGCUUCUCACAUUGUCAGAUGCUCGACAUUCCAAACAGGCAAAAAGUCUAUCUAGUCACCAAUAUCAACCCUCAGUCCGACGACCGAGAGUUUGGGAAAAGGUAUUGUUGUUUGAGAAGGGGUCAUUUUUGUAGCAUAUGGCACCAAUGAUGCAUUAGAAAAUUGCUUCCGGUUCCGAGGAUCGAAUUAAGCCAUUCCAAUGAACCCGGGAACUUUACCUAUAGGUAUGGCUCACGCACACCUUUACAUUCUCGUUCCAUUCUUCGACCACGAAAGUCCGACCAGACUUUGUGGCGAUACCCUCCCUCAAUGAUUGGAAUCUGCACGUGAAAAGCGUCGACUAAAAGAAAUCUUAGCAUAUGUUUAACGUGAAGGUAAGUAUUGAGAAGUUGGAAAGCAAAAAUAAUUCAUUUUAAGAAACUUGAAGAAAUAUUUGAACUAUAUUUGACUUCAUUUAGGAAAAUUGAACAAUACAAAAGUACAAACGUGGCCAAUAUAUCAUAGCUAAAUUUUGACUCUCAAAAUACAUCUGGGAAGAAGGUUAGAGGAUCAUUACAAUUCUAUUGUCAAAUCUGUGAACCUUUUCAAUUUUCAAUAAAAACUAAUAAAAGUUUGGUCGGGUACCAGGAAGUUGUUUCGUUGCAGCUUGGUCCUUUAAUCGUGUGGACGGCUCUUUUCAUUUACAAAGAACUGCACCCUGUCAAUCAUAAACUCGAAGAAGCAGACACAGAGUAUCGUGAGGAAUGAGGUUCCAUGAGAAAACGAGUCUUGAUAAGCUCACCCCACAAAGCCUGAUAUGCGUCAGCACAAAUGUCACCUGAGCUGAACAGGGAAGCCAAAGAAGCAAGUGAGUUGGCCGGAAGAGGUUGAACUCGCGCUCAAGCUCAUCAUCGAGACCUUUCUCGACAACCACACGAACCAUAUGGGCGACCCACCAAUUCACGAAGGUAGAAUUACCAUCCACGCACAUAUUGGAACCUCAAAAUGAGGGAGGAAUGUGUGUGUCCCUCCUUCUUGAGCCAAACUUGGCAGGGUUUUAACGCGUGGCGGAAAAGCGUCGGCAACAACCUUUCCUUUUGCAAGUUUGCCUCCGAAAAAAGCAUAUAACACAUACUCCGCAGGACUGCCACUUAAUGGGAAUCUGCAAUAAACAGCCGAGAAUAAAAGACGAUGAAAUUAUAGAUGAUAC